AUGGCGAACUCAACGAUUUUGGUAUUGCUUUCUUCAGCGGCCUUGCUGUAUCUUAUCAGCACUCUAAUUUAUCGUCUUUAUCUUCAUCCUCUAGCGAAAUUCCCGGGUCCCAAAAUAGCGGCUGCAACUGGCUGGUAUGAAACAUAUCACGAUCUCAAGAACCCUGGAGGGCAGUUCAUGUAUAAGUUGCAUAAGCUUCACAGUACUUAUGGUCCCAUUGUACGAAUUAGUCCUGCUGAGAUCCAUGUUAGUGAUUCGGCUUGGGUAGACACGUUACUAGUCAGUUCAUCUCAAGGUAUUCGAGAUAAAUAUGUGCCCGCAGCCAAUCAAGCAGGCACCCCAAAAGGAGUAUUCGGAACAGCUCUUCACAAUACUCAUCGAAGACGUCGUGCUGCCCUCAGCCCCUUAUUCUCUAGGUCCUGUGCCAUCAGGGCCGAGGGACUCAUAUACGACAAGAUUGACCUGCUCCUUGAACGGCUCGACAUCCAGAUUGCCCGCGAUGGAUAUGCAGAGCUGCGCACCCUUUUCAUCUGCCUCGCUACCGAUGUAGUAUAUCAAUACUGUCUUGGACAUUCAUUUGACCUACUCGAUGAUGAGGUGAAGGGGAAAGAGUGGCAUGAUUCCAUCCGUGCGUUAGCCAAGAUAAUCCCUUAUACCAGGCAAUUUAACUGGAUCAUCCCACUUUCACAAAAGAUCCCGGUUUCAUUCAUGAGAAUGGUUUCCUUGAAUAUGGCCAGAGUGGCAGCAAUGCACCAUGACAUGGAAGUUCAAGCCUCACAAGCUGUCGCGGAAUACGAACAGGACGAGAAGAGCGGUCUAGACUCAUCGUCUAGUCGCAACCCUAAAGAAAGGUUUGCAGUAUUCCGCGCCUUGUUGCAACACACCGGGUUGCCUCCGCAUGAGAAACGCUUCAACCGGAUCUCACACGAAGCUGUUACUCUAUUAGCAGCAGGGGGCGAGACAACAGCCAGUGCCUUAACAACAGCAAUCUACUUUAUUCUUGCCGAUAAACAAAAUGUUCUCCCAAGAUUGCAAGAAGAGGUUGACUCAGUUAUGUCUGGUGUUUCGAGACCAUCAGUUGCUGAUCUCGAACGUUUACCAUGGCUGACUGCUGUCAUAAAAGAGGCCUUGAGAAUGAGCACAAUAACGGCGAGGUUGACCCGUGUCGCUCCAGACGAGGUCUUACAAUACAAGGAUUGGGCAUUGCCGGCAGGGACAGCAGUGAGCAUGACACUUCGCGAGAUCUCCUUCGACCCAGAGAUUUUUCCUUCGCCCAUGGUGUUCCAGCCCGAGCGCUGGCUCCCAAGCAACCCCAACCUAGACAGAUGCAACCGGUAUUCUGUGGCCUUUAGCCGGGGGAGUCGCAUGUGUAUCGGUAUUAAUCUGGCUCAUGCCGAGUUAUACAUUGCCAUUGCGACCUUGAUUCAUCGUAGGCGGUUUGAAUUGUAUGAUACUGUACGGGAGCGAGACGUUGAUUUCACUCGAGACUUCUUCGUUGGUGAAACCUCGGCUGCUACCAAAGGUGUCCGAGUCAAUUACGCAAAGUCAUGGGAGUGA